AUGCACUUCUCACUCCUCGCAGCAUUCGUCGCUCUGGCCCCCGCCGCGCUCGCGAUCCCUGCGACACCCGUGGCCGAUGCGAGUCUUCCCGGCUCGACCGCGAACGUCGCGGGCCUGCACGCCGUUGCGAAGGCGGCGGGCAAGCUCUACCUGGGCACCGCGACGGACAACAAUGAGCUCACCAACACUCAGUACACCGCUAUCCUCGAGGCUCCAAACAUGUUCGGCCAGAUCACGGCCGAGAACACCAUGAAAUGGGAUGCAACCGAGCCCCAGCAGAACGUGUUCACGUUCGCGCAGGGUGACCAGAUCGCGAACCUGGCGAGGUCUCACGGAAUGCUGCUGCGCGGGCACAACUGUGUCUGGCAUCAACAGCUUCCGAGCUGGGUGACUGCGGGCAACUUCAACGCACAGCAGCUGACGCAGAUCAUCCAAAAUCACUGCGGCACUGUCGUGGGACACUACAGGGGACAAGUUUGGGAUGUGGUCAAUGAGCCUCUUAACGAUGACGGCUCGUUCCGCCAGGACGUCUUCUUCAACACCCUCGGCUCGGGAUACAUCGCGACGGCGCUCCGCGCUGCCAGGGCGGCAGACCCGGCCGCGAAGCUGUACAUCAACGAAUUCAACGUAGAGGGCCUCGGCGCGAAAUCGACCGCAUUGAAGAACCUUGUGACGUCGCUGAAGCAGCAAGGCGUCCCGAUUGACGGCGUCGGCUUCCAGUGCCACUUCAUCGUCGGCCAGGUCCCUACAACGCUCAUCCAGAGCAUGCAGCAGUUCACCGCGCUUGGCCUCGAGGUCGCCAUCACGGAACUCGACAUCCGCAUGACGCUCCCCGAGACGGCGGCGCUCCUCCAGCAGCAGAAGCAGGACUUCCAGACCGUCAUCCACGCGUGCAAGUCCGUGGCGGGCUGCGUGGGCGUCACUGUGUGGGACUUCACUGAUAAGUUCUCCUUUGUCCCGAGCACAUUCCCGGGUCAGGGUGCUGCCACUCCUUGGGAUCAGAACCUGGUGAAGAAGCCGGCGUUUGAUGGGAUCGUCGCCGGAUUCCAGCAGUGA